AUGGAGUUCAAGCCGACAGUCGACUUCUUGAAGAUCCUGUCAUCUCCCAACACCAGCUUGCAAUACUACCUGCAGACCAUCAUCGCAGAGGUUAUACGUGUUCUCAAUGCUGACCGUUGCUCCAUCUUCUUCGUGGAUGACAUGCGCAAGGAAGUUUGGUGUGUUGGCUCCCUGGACAUGGAGCCUUUUUGCCAGCCGUGGGACAAAGGGAUCGUGGGCAUGGUGGCAACGGAGGGGAAGAUGGUUAACCUCGCAGAUGCCCAUGACCAUCCAGCGUUCGAUGGUGAGAUCGAGAAAAAAACUGGCUACACCGUCAAGGGCAUCCUGUCUUUGCCAGUGAAGAGUGUGCUAAAUUUGGAUAAAGCCAUUGGCGUCAUCCAGGUGUUGAACAAGCGCAGCUCGCCCAAGGGAGAGUUCUCAGAACAAGACGCAGUGGAACUGCAGAAGCUUGCGAUGGUUAUCGGGGACUCCUUCUACCGCCAGCGGUACAAAGCUCUCGAGGAAGUCACAGGCCACUUUGACUCGGAAGUGCAAGCCGUUCUGGACCAGCACCGUGAGAGGAUGUAUUUGAGCCGGCAGCAGUCUCCGGCCAUGAGCACUCCACCGGAAAUCCUGCGGUCUUUAAGCCGUCAGCCCUUCCUGCGCGAACACUCGCCAUUGCAAGUGGAAGAUCUGGCUUCCCUCAACUUUGACGUGCUCGAGCAGGCAGAGAUGUUUCUCCAAGAGUUGGUUCCUGAUAUCCUCAGACAUGCUGGCUGCAUCGACAACUGCGGCAUUCCGGAGAAGCAGCUGAUGGCCUUUCCUGGGGCGGUUUUCCGGGGCUACAGAAAGAAUCCUUUCCACAAUGCCUACCACGGCUUCGCGGUGUAUCAGAUGUGCUUCCACCAGCUCAGCACCAUCGACACAUUCAGCCAACUCACAGCGACGCAGGGCUUCGGUCUUUUGGUGGCGGCGCUGUGUCACGACAUCGAUCAUCCAGGCGUCACGAACAGCUACUUGAUCAGGCUGCAAGAUGAUUUGGCUCUGCGCUACAACGACAAUUCUGUUCUGGAGAACCACCAUGCGUCGGUCGCAUGCACUCUUCUUCGCGACGAGCGAACGGCUAUAGGUAGCGGCUUAGCCAAAGAGGAGCAGGUGGUCUUCCGCAAGACCAUCAUCAAGUGCAUCUUAGCCACUGACAUGGCGCACCAUCAGAGCUGCUGCCAGCGCUUGAUAGGCUGCCACAGUGCCCAGGACUUCAAGGCGACUGCUGAGGAAGAUCCUCAGUUCCUCAUGAGUGUGUGCGUGCACGCAGCGGAUCUAUCCGCCCAGGCGCUGGAUUGGGAGGUGGCCAAGAAGUGGGAAGAAAGGAUAUGCCAAGAGUUUCUGGAGCAAGCAGCCAAGGAAGUGGAGAUGGGAUUCACGCCCGAGCCAUUCAUGCAGUUCAAGAUGGAGGACAUGAAGCAACGGGGCAAGUUGCAGCGGGAUUUCGUCGACUUCGUCUUACGGAACCAUACGCACAGCUACGCGAUUGCACUGUUUGCCAACUUUAUGUCGGCGCUGAUCCUACGCUUCAAAACUCCCAGCAAAUCUCAAGCUCGAAAGUCUAGGUGGGUCUAUGUGAAGCAAACCCGAGCAUGGGGUGCGUUUGAGCUGCCUAUGGAGCGGAGGAUCUACGGCUCUGACCAGAUGGACUCCAUGGCAGAAUCGGACCUCGACCUCCUCCUGCCUGGCAUGCCUCGCGGCGAAGCGCCUCCGCAGCUGACCCCACGGACAGUUGCUGCCAUUGUAGAGGGCCGUCACGCCGAGGAGCGAGCCAAAAGCAAGGAGAGCAAGUAA